GACGGUCGGCCAUUUUAGGUUCAUCAGUCGUCAUUUCACAUCGCUACAGUAGGACGGAGAACGUCAGGACUCAAUAUUUCUCUUACAACUGUAGUGGAGAAUUGCCUACUAUGAACUGAAACUCUUCCUAAAAUCAAAACAAUUAGAUCCUAGUGUGAAGUGACGCAUAAGCCAGUAGUUUCCAGUGUCGAGUUGUAAUUUUUUGCACCUCAAUGUAGCUAGAGGAAAUGGCUGUGGAAAGCAUGACUGUCCAUCCAAACUCCCCAACUACCAACCACGAACACAACAGUCUCCUGACUGACGAAAGGGCAGAAGAUGGAGAGCUGGAGGAGGGUGAGUUGGAAGAUGAUGGGGGAGAAAUGGAGGAGGAAGAAAUGGCAGGUGGUGUGUCAGCAGUCGGUCCAGGUGGAGACGGCGAAGAAGUGGGUGGAGGUGAAGGAGGCCAGGAAGGGUCGGCGGAGAGGCCUCGGCGAAGUAGGGAGCGCCACGCUAGCAGCGAUUCAGACGACGAGAGAGCCCACCGUCGUAAGAGGAAGCGGAAGAAGGAGCGGGAAAGAGAAAAGAGGAGGUCCAAGAAGAAACGCAAAUCACGACAUAAACGUCAUGCGUCCUCGGAUGAUGACCACUCAGACUACAGCGAUGAGUCUGACUACAGUCCCAGUGAGAAAAGGAAAUAUAGAGAGUACAGCCCCCAGUACGGUUCUUCUCGUGGGAGCUACGGUGGCUCAAAGAGGGGUGGUUACAUGAAGAUGGAGAAACAGGGUUACGGAGGUUACGAUGACUACGAAGAUGACAACUUUGAGGGAGAGGAAGAUGAAGACAUGGGGGAUGACGACUACGAUGACUUCACCAAGGAGCUCAACCAGUACCGAAAGGCCAAGGAGGGAGGAGGCGGCCGUGGUGGGCGAGGGGCCAGAGGUCGUAUGAAGAACCAGAGAGGCCGUGGAUUAAUGAGAGGAGGGAGGAGGGGAAGAGGAGGAGGCAGAGGAAGAGGAGGGCGAGGCGGAGGAGGAAAGAUGGGAGGAGAUGAUGAUGGAGACGGCUACGGAGAUGAAAUGGAGUAUGGAGAUGAUGACUACGACAUGGGUGAGGAUGACUAUGAUGACUACUCGAAAGAGCUCAACCAGUACAAGAAGUCCAAAGACAGAGGCAGAGGUGGUAAAGGGGGCCGCGGGCGAGGCAGAGGUAAAGGAGGACGGGGCAUGAUUAGAGGAGCAAAGGGUCGAAACAGAGGGAGAGGAAGAGGAGACAUGGGGAAUGAUGAUGACCAUGGAGACAUGGACAACGGGGAUGGUGUUGGAGGUGAUGGACCAGGAAUGGGGAGGAGGAAUCAGAAUGAAAAGCACCAGGACAAGAAAGGAAAGGCCAUCUGCAAGUACUACAUCGAGGGGAGAUGCACUUGGGGCGACCACUGUAACUUCAGCCAUGACAUUGAGCUGCCAAAGAAGAAGGAGUUGUGCAAGUUCUACAUCACUGGAUUCUGUGCCCGAGCUGACCACUGUCCUUACAUGCAUGGUGAAUUCCCCUGUAAGCUGUUCCACACCACAGGGAAGUGUGUCAAUGGUGACGAGUGUAUGUUCUCCCACGAGGAACUCAAUGAUGAUACUCGGGAGCUGCUUAACAAGAUGCUGGCAGAGGAUGCAGAAGCUGGAGCUGAGGACGAAAAAGAGGUGGAGGAGCUGAAGAAGCAAGGAAUUAACCCGCUUCCUAAGCCCCCUCCUGGAGUCGGCCUCCUUCCAACCCCUCCCCGGCCCGUUCCUGUUGAAACCAACACAGGUGGUGUGGAUUUUGCUGGGCCUCCAGCUGGGGACUUUGGGGGUCUUCCUGGACCUAAUCAGGUGCCCAUAGCUGUCAAAGGUCCCCCAGGACCAGGGCCUGUUCCUGUCCCUGGUCCCUGCGCCGGUCCACCUGUCCACGGUCCUGAUGGAAGUCCCUUCCAAGGUGGCCCGCCGAAUCCCCCUGGCCUUCCUCCUCCUCCACACAUGGGUCCCCCACCUCCUGCUGGUGGAGGAGGGGGAGGAGGCAUGGGGAAGAAGAUCCCCUCGCUGUUUGAGAUUAAAGUUCAGCCCACAGGACAGCUGGCCCAGAAGCUCGCAGUUAGAAGCCAGGCCCCCAGUACCAACCAGGGUCAGACCCCAACACCUGGACCGCAAGGGCCCCCUGGUGCCCCUCCUCCCAGAUUCCCUGCCCCUCCAGGUAUGAUGCCCCCUGACAUGCAGAACAUGGGCCCCAACCUUGGAAUGAACCAGGGCCCUCCCAACAUGGGACCCGGUGGACCACCAAUGAUGGGAGGAUUUCCACCAGGAGAGGGCCCUCCACAUGGAGGUGCUAUGCCUCCAGGUCCUCCUCAGGGAGGAGGAAACUUCUAUAAUAACUUCUACAAUCAGCAAGAGGGUAUGAAGAUGGAGGGAGUGGUUCAAGAAGGUGACAGUUACCAGGGAUUUUCCGGUAUGGACGAGAGAGGAGGCACAGGAACAUUUGGAAAUCAGUCAGGCAACCAGGAAGGCCCUGCUAAUGGAGCCACAGCCAAUCAGGGGGGGAUUUCUGUGCCUGACUUUCUGCCACCUGCUCAGCGCGUCCUCUUCAUGAGGAUCCAACAGAAGCAGCAAGAGGAAGAGGAAAGAGCUCGCAGGAUGGCUGAGGGAGGAGCAGAAAAAAGCAGAGACACUGAAGGUGACUCAGGGAACUGGUAUUCUAGUGAGGAUGAGGAUGGCGGUGGUAGCGUGACUUCCAUCCUGAAGACCCUCCGUCAGCAGACCCAGGCUCCUCAAAAAUCUGACGGGCAUCCGAGCGACCCACGCCUUGUGAAAGCCUCUCCUUCCCACCCUCCGGCUCGCCCAGCAGACCCCCGCUUAGCUCGGGAUCCACGCUUGGCACGUGCUGCUGAGUCAGCUCAAAUCUCUGACCCCACCCACUCCACACUCGCUCCAUCGUCAUCUGGACCACCUGCAGACCCCAGGCUAGCUAGGCUAGCUGCUGCUGCCUCAGCAGGAUCUGCCUCCCAUUCGCCUCCAGCUGCUAAGCCUGAACCUCCCCUGGUCUAUAAGCCCCCUCCGCUCACGACCCCGGCAGUGGAUGAGGAGGAGACUGAGCGGGUUCUACGGGACAAGCCCGUGCCGAUUCCUCUGGAUCCGCUCAUGGGUAUGGCUCUGAAAGACCCACGUUCCCAGUUGCAGCAGUUCAGCCACAUCAAGAAGGAUAUUGUUCUUCACAUGCCAGCCUUCGCUAAAACCAUCACCUGGUCUCCUGAAGAUCUGCUUCCGCUCCCUAUUCCCAAGCAGGACCUGCUUCCUCUACCCCCAGGCAUCCCUCCCGUGUCCACCCUUGACUCACGUCUGUCCCGCGGUCAGCAGCAGCAGUUACACACGCCACUCUCUCACUCGCAACCUCCUUCCGCACAGCCUCCUCCUUCCUUAGACGCCCCUGCUCCCUCCUCCUCAGCUUCUACCCUCCCAGAAUUUGAAUUUCUGUCUCGCAUCCUGAAGAAUGUUAACUCCAGCACGUCCCAGACUCCUUCUCCUCCUCAUUUACCCACACCCCCUACCACUAUGCCAGUUAUGGGUCAACCUCAGUCCAUGCCUGCAGCUUCUAUAGAAAAGCCCAUUGACCCCCGUGUUGCCCGCAAAGUCCCCUCUGAUCCCCGUCUCCAGCCACCGAAGUCGGCACUGAAGCAGCCAUCAGAACCUGUGCCCCCUCCGUCCACAUCUCCUGCACCAACAUCUAGUUCUUCUCCACCUGCCAUCGCUCCCUACGACCCACGGCUGCUCUCCUCAGUUGGAGCAGGGCGCAGUGUAGGGGCCGGGACACCAGGGGGUGCCAGUGUGCUGAGCAGCAUUAGUCUGUAUGACCCUCGGACUAACAAACCAGGCAGCCCUGGUACCAGCAGUGGCUCUAACAACUCGCCUAACUCAGCCAGCCAAACUGAGUCCAAACUCAGUGACCCCACAACGAGUAAACCUAAAUCCAAGGAGCCCCUCUUUGUUCGGAAGUCUGCAUUGGACCAACCUGAGCCAGAGAAAAGUACAGAGCAAGGCACGGAUAGAUACAACAGCUAUAACAGGCCCCGGCCCAAACCUGCGCCCUCACCUAACUCCACAGCUCAGGGCGGGGCUGCUGCAGCUGGGGCGGCUGCAGCUGGAGGUCAGGGUGCUCCUGGAUCUGCUGCAGACCAGGGGCCCGCAGGGGUCCAUAACCUACCAGUAUCCUCUUUAUUUGGUGUUGUGAAGCAGGCUAGUAAGCCUGGCGGGACAAGCAGCCCCUUUGGGGGAAACAGCCCUGCACAGUCUGAUCAGGCGGCCACAGAGCAGGACAACGGCUCCCUGAAGGAAGUUUUCAAAGGCUUUGACCCCACAGCCUCUCCCUUCUGCCAGUGACACUGAUCCUGGGACCCCGACGCCCCAGAUGUGGCAGCUGGGUGUGGGUUGUUUCAGGUUUUUGGACACUGAAAAUGUCAGUGAAAAGAGAAACGUGCACUGCAGCAACUGCCUGUAAGACGAGUUUUGAUAAGAUUGGCAGCAGACAUAUUACACACAGACACCCAACCACAGUGUUUCAGAUUCUAUAAAAGACUCUCGGGUAGCGUUUAAAGUUUAAAGUGAAAUCUCUAUUUUAAACAGACUUAUUGAUGUAUAAAUAGAUGUAUUCUCUCAUCUCAGUGCUUAAUGAAAAUGAUUAUCCUGACAACAGAACACAUUUAUAUGGAAUGAAACUUUAAGCAUCACAUGUGUUUAAAUCUCCUUUUAUUUAAGUUUCUCACAUCCUUCUGUUUCAUAUUUCUUCUCUUCUCAAAGCUGAUGUGCUCGUGUAUAUAUGCAUAUUUUCUGGUUAGUUACAGAUGGCUGUGCUCUUUGUAACAAAUUAAAAGCUUCUUUUAUAUCUGAUUUUCCCAACAAUAUAUUGUUUAUUUUUGGUGUUUCUUUAAACAGAAUCAAGAGCACUGAGGCAACUUACUUUACACCUGUCAAAAACUAAACGCCCUCCAUAUCACUGCCUUUGCUUUCAUCCACUGUCCUCUGUCUUUGGCGUUAUAUCGAACUAAAGCAUAUUUUUUUCCUUCCAAGGUAACUUUUUUUUCUGCAGAAAUGACUGAAAUGGUCUUUAUUCUACUUAAAUGCUUUUUUAAGUAUUUUUCUACUCCUUUGCACUGUCAGCUUGUGUCUCUGAGGCUUGUAUUUAUAUUUUGAGUGGCUGUAACCCUUCAGGCUGUUCAUGUACAGCUCCAUUUCAGGUGUUUAGCUCUUACAGGUGACCUUUAACCACUACACAACCGUCGAAGCCCCUAAUUCUCACAGAUUUUGCCUUUACUCCAGUCUUGUUGCUGUGAGGAGAAACAGACUUUCACUUGAACAUUUAUUUUUAUCGGUUUGUGAAUAUGGAGAGCACUUAAGCUCUAGUUUCCGUAAAGCUUAAGGGGGCGUUAGGAAAAAGCAGGAAACAGGUUUAGCUGCUCAGACUGAUGACUGACUCUGUCACUUCGCUCUCCACUGGCACAUUUAGGUAGCGCUUAGUUAUCCAUUGAAUCAUGUCCUUUAAUCUCUGCUGCCAAAACUGGUUUUGUCAAAGUUAUUUCCAUGUAUUUCCUCCUAAUUACAUUCGAAUUUGGACCACUGAAUUAAAAGUCAUCUGCAUCUCAGCGUUUAGUUUCUUUGUUUUGUUUUAUUAGCUGUUCUGAACAGAGAAGUUUUCUGCCUUGCAUUCUCAAUUGAAACGCUUGGCUGGUGGCACCAUGACAAUCAUAAACUACAUUUGGACCUAAAAUUCAGAUGACUUGUACAUGUCGCGUUCAUCUGUGCCCCCCCUGCUUUUCAUCUGAACCAUGCCAACCAAAAUAAAUGAAACGAACUAAAAAAAAGUUUGAAAAAGUGGACGUGUAAUUGUGGAAAUGUUCACGGUUUGGACUCGCAGCUUAGAUGAGAGUGCAAGUCUUCUCUCCAGAACGUCUGCCAUAAACACCAUGAACUGUGUGAAUUAGAAGUGAAUCCAGCGUCUGAAUCAGGGUGAGGGAAAGCGGUUGUUCCUGUUUGUUGUAAGGACGGAGCAGUUUCAUUGCCAGUCUCGUUGGUGAAUCUGUACGUGUGCGCUCAGUUGUGGCGGGUUCAGAUGUUUUUGACCUCCAGAAAGUGAAGAUUGUACAACAGCUCUCAGGAUCGUGUUCGUCCGUCUUGUGUAUAAACGUUUUAAUUUAUUUUUUUAUACUUGAGUAAAUAUACUUCCUCACUUGUAAAUUUUGAGCUGAAUCAUUUUGUAUGUCAAGAGAUUACCACUCACCUCAGUGGGCCGUCGGCGCGCUGCAGCAGUGUGAGGAGAGGAAAGACGUUCACGUCUGGUUUUGUGUAUGAAGAUUCAGAUAAGAAAAAUUCACUAUUAUGUCCUCCUCCCUGCCGGUCCAUUUAAAAGCCUGUCAGGAGGCCGAGUGUCAGCUAUAGCAAGUGUGAAAGUUGUUUGUUUUUUCUUUUAUGGAUUUCUUUUUAUUGUUUUGUUCCUUUUUUCCCUCACUCUGUAAAUUUGACCAGUAUCCAGUUCCCGUCUUUGGAGGAGUGGAGUUUUCUAACUGUACACUGUAGGUGAGGUUGUAAGUAUUUAAAUAAAAUUAAUACAUGAUCAACCA